CUGUUGCUUUAUACGCACAUGAAUUUAAUCAUGAUCUCAGCGUGCGGAGCUAGCGUAGGUUGAAAGACCCCAGAAUAAUCUUCUAUAAACAAUGGCUCUGUAACUGAAACUUCCUGACGGCUUGACUCUGGUUCUCGGUGUUGAUAAACAACCAGCGCACAGCUCAGGGACGCGACGCCGUGUGUAGCCGGCUGAUUUGACUUCAUAUACAGCUGUGCAUCUGCACCGGCUUGUGUGUGUGCACGAGAGCGACAAAGACGUUCGAGCAAUUAUCGGGGGCCAUUUUUGCUAUAAAUUAAGAUUUCGUCUGAUUUGAAAAUGUCAGGCGUUGAGCUGAAGCCUAUCAACGAUGCAGGUGGAUCAAACAUUCUUCUUCCGUUGGGAAAAACGAACUUAGGAAGGGGCUCUUUCUUUGAGAUUGCAGAUAAACGUGUUUCCAGAAAUCAUGCCGUUCUUGAAGUGGAAGAUGGGAAAAUCAGAGUCAUGCCUAUUCAUACCAACCCCACAUUCUUCCACGGUGCAGGAGGCACCAAGUUGGCACCCUUAACCAAGGAUGUAUGGCAAGACCUCAAGAUUGGAGAUCGCAUUGCUCUCACGCCUGAUGAACACAUCUUUGAAGUGGUUAUUGAUGACAGACCUAUAGUACAAGAGACCCAAAAUCCUAGACUUUCUGCUGAAGGAGUCUCCCCCAUGAAGCAAACUUCACCAUUCAAGCAGACUACAUCACCCUCAUCGCAUCGCAACAAUGGAGUGGAAAAUGGCCAGUCUAAAGAAGAGGAUAAUGGUGGUGUCAAAGAGAAAUCAACCGAAAAAGAAGGAGAAAGUUCACCUGCUACAUCAAUUGAAGGCGAUGAUACCAGAGAUUCUACCACAGAUGGUAAAAAUACUACUGUAGAAAAAGAUAAAUCCAGCUCAAAGGUGGAGGAAACAGAGGAACCAGAUAAACAAGAGGAAGGGGAAUCUAAACAUGAUGAUAAAUCAAACAAGGGACCUGGCACGGUGGUGCUUGGCGAUACUGAGAUAGCACUUCCAGUGCAGAAAGAGAGGACACUCCCAGCCUGGAUGGCCGCUCCUCCCAAAGCAGAAGCAAAACGUGCAACCACCACAGGGACCCCAGCCAAGAAAGCAUCCCAUAAUGAAGACACUGCCACACCACAGAAAAGAGGACGAGGAAGGCCUGCUGGUGGUACAAAAGCUACACCUCAAGCCAAGAAGACACCUACCCAGGCUAAAGCACGGGCAAGAAAAUAUGUGGAUGAUGACGAUGAAGACUACCUGUCUGAAGACGAUAAGCCUGCCCCCAAGAAAGCCAAAACCUCGAGAUCUCAGAGGGGGUCUGCUAAGGUAGCGUCGUACGCUGAGGAUGAAUAUGAUGCCUUGGAUGAAGAGUGGAUCGCAUCUGAUGUGGACGAUGAUGGCAGCGAUUGGGAGAUGGAAUCACAGUCACAAUCACAUAAAAAGGGCAAGGGCAAGGGAAAAUCUCCAAAAGGUAAAUUUGUGAGUCCCAGAAAGCGGGGGAGACGCAAGAAGUAUGCACAAUCUAGUGAAGAAGAGGAAUGGAGCGAGGAAGAAGCCUACGUGCCCCGCCCUUCCAAACGUCGAGCAUCCUCAACCUCCAACUCACAACCUACAGGACAAGCGAAGAGAGGAAGAAAGGCCCGACAAGACAGUGAUUCUAGUGAGGAUGAGGAGGAGUAUGUACCAAAACAAACCAAAAGGACUCCUGCAAAAGCUCCUGCAAAAGCUCCUGCAAAAGCUCCUGCAAAAGCGAAAAAGGAUUCUGGUGGGAAUAAAAAACAUGAUGUGAGUAGCGAUGAAGAUGAUGAUGAUGAUGAAGCACCGAAGAAGAAACCAGAGAAAACAAAGAAGCCCAAAUCUUGCCAGUUUGGAAAACGCUGUUACAGAAAAAGUGCCGCUCACAUUGCAGAGUAUUGCCAUCCAGGAGAUCCGGACUACCGAUCAGAUGGAGAUGAAGGAGAUGAAGAAGAUGAUUAUGACAGGCCUGAGUGUGAAUAUGGAACAUCUUGCUAUAGGAAAAGUGAUGAACACAAGACAUUUUAUAAGCACACUAAGCCACCACCCAGACCCAAGAGAGAGGCAGCCCAAAAAGUCUUGAAGACGGCAGGAUUCAGCGACGAUGAAGAGGAUGAUGAUGAACCCAACACGUACGACCGCACUGAUAGUUUCUUGAACGAUGAUGUCUCGGACUCAGCCUCUGUGCCUGCAAAGCAGUCUGAUGAUUCAGACUGGGAUCCAACAGAGGGUAGUCAAGAUUUGAGAGACCUUCAGAAAGAUGCCAAGGAGUUUAUGGGCAACAAGAAGAUGCAGAAGACAUAGACUUCUUCAAUGACUACACCCGCCUGAGACAUACAAAUCAAAUGCAGUUCUAAUCUUAAUUUAAAAUGAUAUUUUCUCUAAUUGAAUUGCAUUGACAAUCAAUAAAGAGUAAUUGUUCUAGAUAUAAUGGUAAAUGGUUCGCACCGAAUCCUAUAUAUCUGUUUUGAAAAUUAAAACGUGACACGUGAUGAUUUGAUUUUUGACCUGGAUUUAUUCAAACUGGUACAUGUAUGCUUAUGUUGUGUUCACAUUCCAAAUUCAUUUAGAGGGGAAGCAAAUUUGGAUAUUGGGAUAGUCACCUCAAGAUUACUAGUAUGACUGGUACAUACCAGCUUGUCUAAAUUUUGAGGAAAAAAAAAAAUUACAUUGGUGAGUGAUUUAUGAUUAAUUAUUAAAUCGUUGAUAAUUUUGCAUCAAUUGUAUUCAUUCCUUUCUUGAACAUCUGAGUCACCCAUGAUCAGAUUUUGAUGUAUUCGGGAUGUUUACUUCUGUUUUUGAGUGACUUGAGAAAACUAUGAAGCAAACUGUAUGAUCCAAUACCUUUGAAUUGUCUGUACAUUUAUCUGAGCAAUGGAAAUGCAAAGGACAGUUGAAAUCAUGUAACAACAAUAGUUACUGUAAAUUAACAAUGUGCUGUAUUUUCUUUUUAAAACAAAUAUAUUUUCUUGAAUCUUGCAGAUGUUGGCAUGCAUGUAGAUUGUUUGAAGACUAUACUACAAUAUUCUUAACUUCUGCAUAUUUUAGUAUAACUGGUAAGUCAAAAUGGAGUGGGUGCAACAUUUAACAUCUUAUGAGUAUUUUUUUAAUUAUUACUCAUGAACACAAUGAGAUCCUAGUUGUGAGGUUUGUUAAGCUAAUGUAGUGAGAUAGUGUUCAAUUUCUUGUUGUAAAUGUAGGUGAAUGAUGAUUUCUGCAUGAUAGUCUGUACAUUUUUAGAUCAUAAUUCUUGAGUGACAUCUGGAUUACCUUUAGAUCUUUCCCUUGUCUAUUCCUGUAUGAGUAAUGAUUGAUGUGAAAUGAGUAUUAUCUUUCUUAGAUUGAUUUAUUAAGUAUUAAGUUUUUGUAACUUGCCAAAUCCUGAGAAUUCUGUAAUUAUUGAGUUUCCUUUGCUCUUGUUCAAUAAUUAGAACCUUUAUCCUCUUAACCUUUUAAAAUUUUGAAACAAUGACUGUCACUUUUGAGUGAAGUGCAAUAAUGCCAGCAAGAAACAUUGAAUCUCAUAAUUGUAAAAUGUAAAUAUAGUAGAUGCAUAAAGGUAAAGCAAAUGAAUUAUUAAUGUAAUGUAAUGUAUGGUAUUGUAUGAAAAAAUAAUCUACAAAUGAUGGCCCUUCCUCAUAACACAUAUAUGUUAAUCUUAUCUCUGGUUCAAAUUCCUUUUAUUAACAAAAAAAGAAAUAACCAAUGCCAGUCUAAGAAUAAGCCUUGAUAAUAUAUUUAAAUUGAAUUUUAAUCGAAAAGAAAUAGAAUUAUAGAUUGCCCUUAUGGGCGAUUCAGUUCUCAUAUUUUAAUAAGAUAUUCUACAAGAGGAAACUAUGGCACAUUGAAUUUGACAUUUUGCUGACAUACCGAUUAAGUUUUUCCGUCAGUAAAUGUUUAUUCUGUGCUUGUGUUAAUGUGUUUUUGGUAUGUAGGUAUGUCAUAUUGUGGAUCAUGAUGAAUGUUGUAUACUGUAUUAGGUUAAGAACACAUGUAUUUCGGAUGUUAUUUUUUUAUACUCUAUUGUAAUUAUGCACCAGCUAUUGAAAUUUCGAUUUGUGUAAGGAAUGAGGCGAUUAAUCUGAUAAGUGAUUUAUCUGUCUUUUGUAUAAUGUACAAAGGUUUAGUUCUGUGCCAGAUACUGGUACCUCUGAUCGUUGUGAAAUGUCUGAAAUAUGGCUAUGAGCAUAGUAAUUGCUUGGAUACUUUGCAAAUGGCAUGCCUAUCUUCUUUAUUCGUAACGAACCUUUCUUCCCAAAUUUAUUUUAUGUCUUCUCAAACGUGUCAGGAUAAACUACAUCUAUUGAUUUCUGAGGUAAUGAUGCACAUUUAUCACUUUAAAUGUUGAAUUCAUGUCAUAUGAAACUUGUGUUUUUUAUCACGGGCACUAGUGCAGUUAGUAUGUUAACAGUGUUCACUGGAUUACAGAUAUAUUAUCUUAAUUUUUCUUGUGGCAAUUACAAGAAUUGUUCUACAUACACUCAGCAAAAAAAAGUAACAUUGGACACUAUAUAUAAUUAAGAUAUUUAAAUAAAUGUUUAAUGUAAACUUAUCUUUCAUAUAAUUAAAUGAACAUAAAUCAUUCCUUUUUAAGACGAUAUGCAAUUGGAAUCGUACCAUUCAUACAUGAGAGAGCUUAGCCAUGUAACAAUAAAUGAGUCUCUAAAAGAAAAUUGAAAAAUGGGGCAUCUGGCCAUUAAAAUGUUAAGCAUUUCCAUCUUAUAGAGUCAACUUAAAACAAUGUAUCUCAAAAGUUUGCUGUUCCGAGACUUUUUUCUCAUUAAUUGAUUUUGCAAGAAUAUUGUACAGAUGCACUUUUAACACUUGAAUGGUCACUUGCUCUGUUUUUGUAAUUUUCUUAAUCUCAUUUUAUUAUAUAGUUUAAUAAAGUGCGUCCACCUUCUUUUUUUUUUGCCGAGUGUAUUAGGACCCCAAGCAGUUACACGGAUAAGACAAAUUAGGCCCAAUCUAAAAUGAACGUGACCCAUUUUGAUUCACAUAAUUUCAUUUGCAAAAUGCGCUGGAUGAAUUGCCAACCACAUGAUAAACUUUGUCAGAAAAUAAAUGAAAAACUUUGUUUGUGUCAGUAAAAAUUGAUACGUUUAUUCAGUGAGUUGCACUUGUAAAAUGAAGUUGUAUGGUUAGUUUUCACUUUCUCAACACUAUAUAAUAGUGAUGUAUUGAUGGCGCGAUUUAAUUCCAACCCCUAACAGAAGAAAUAAAAUUGAAAUCAAAAGUUUUGUAUGUAUUAUUACAUUUUUUAUUGUAUUACAUAAAAAAAGCAUUGUAAUUCACUGACAAUAAAGAUACAUGUAUUUUACAAGUUUUGACACUGUACAUACGGGUCCAUAUCAUGAAUUCUUAAAUGGAUGUUUUUAUUUUUUUAGCUUCCAUUUCCCAUAAAUAGACCAGUUUACUAUUUACACUGCAGGUAUACUUAACAAAGUGUCCUCUUGACAAUGAUUGUAAGAGGUUCAUUCACAUAGCAACAACUAAUUAAAGGUGAUAAGAAGUCAUUGGAGAAAAUAUCUGAACAUUGAGUAUAUUACUAAACUGGUCUGUUAUAAGCAAUUUUAUGUUUGCAUGUUUGAAAUACAUGUAAGAGUAAACAUAGAGUUACUAGCUGUACACAACCAGGUAAACUAUUGUAGCCAAGUAAUGCUGCUUCUUUCACAUUUUAUUGACAUGUCAGAUGUACUAAAUGUAUCCUUGAUGCUCCAUGCUUGAAUUGAAAUAAAAUCACCCAAGUUUUAUAACAGUA